CAGGCGCGGGGCUGCGGUUGCGGUCCUUGCGCCUGUGGCGGCGGCGGAGGCGACUGGAUAUUCUUGGAGCAUUUGGAUAAUGUGACGGUUGGGAUGUAGUGAUGUCGACUAUCUGUCCUCCGCCAUCUCCAGCUGUUGCCAAGACAGAGAUUGCUUUAAGUGGUGAAUCACCUCUAUUAGCAGCUACCUUUGCUUACUGGGACAAUAUUCUUGGUCCUAGAGUAAGACACAUUUGGGCUCCAAAGACAGAACAGGUACUUCUUAGUGAUGGAGAAAUAACUUUUCUUGCCAACCACACCCUAAAUGGAGAAAUCCUUCGAAAUGCAGAGAGUGGGGCUAUCGAUGUAAAGUUUUUUGUCUUGUCUGAAAAGGGAGUAAUUAUUGUUUCACUAAUCUUCGAUGGAAAUUGGAAUGGGGACAGGAGCACCUACGGACUAUCAAUUAUACUUCCACAGACAGAACUUAGCUUCUAUCUCCCACUUCACAGAGUGUGUGUUGAUAGAUUGACACACAUUAUCCGGAAAGGAAGGAUAUGGAUGCAUAAGGAAAGGCAAGAGAAUGUCCAGAAGAUAGUAUUAGAAGGCACAGAGAGAAUGGAAGAUCAGGGUCAGAGUAUUAUUCCAAUGCUUACUGGAGAAGUAAUUCCUGUAAUGGAACUUCUGUCAUCUAUGAAAUCACACAGUGUUCCUGAAGAAAUAGAUAUUGCUGAAACAGUUCUCAAUGAUGAUGAUAUUGGUGAUAGUUGUCAUGAAGGCUUUCUUCUCAAUGCCAUUAGCUCACACUUGCAAACCUGUGGCUGUUCUGUCGUAGUAGGUAGCAGUGCAGAGAAAGUAAAUAAGAUAGUUAAAACAUUAUGCCUUUUUCUGACUCCAGCAGAGAGAAAAUGCUCCAGAUUAUGUGAAACAGAAUCAUCAUUUAAAUAUGAGUCAGGGCUCUUUGUCCAAGGCCUGCUAAAGGAUUCAACUGGAAGCUUUGUGCUCCCCUUCCGGCAAGUUAUGUAUGCUCCCUAUCCCAGCACACACAUAGACGUGGAUGUCAAUACCGUCAAGCAGAUGCCACCCUGUCAUGAACACAUUUACAAUCAGCGUAGAUACAUGCGAUCAGAGCUGACAGCAUUCUGGAGAGCCACUUCUGAGGAAGACAUGGCUCAGGACACAAUCAUCUACACAGAUGAAAGCUUCACUCCUGACUUGAAUAUUUUUCAAGAUGUCUUACACAGAGACACGCUAGUAAAAGCCUUCCUUGAUCAGGUUUUUCAUUUGAAGCCUGGUUUAUCUCUCAGGAGUACUUUCCUUGCACAGUUUCUACUGAUCCUUCACAGAAAAGCCUUGACACUAAUAAAAUAUAUAGAAGAUGAUACGCAGAAGGGGAAAAGGCCCUUUAAAUCUCUUCGGAACUUGAAGAUAGACCUUGAUUUAACAGCAGAGGGCGAUCUUAACAUAAUAAUGGCUCUAGCUGAGAAAAUUAAACCAGGCCUACACUCCUUUAUCUUUGGAAGAUCUUUCUAUACUAGUGUACAAGAACGAGAUGUUCUAAUGACUUUUUAAAUGUAUAACUUAGUGAACAUAUUUUGUCACAAUCAUAGUUGCUGCUAAAGUAGCUCAGUGGUAUGGGACACAUCAGCCCCUGGAAUCCUCCUCAGCAGUGGCAAUUAAAUUCACACUACAGUUGUCACAAGAAUUCUGCAAGAGGUUGUCAUUUGCAUUGUUAACAGUGAAUGGAUCUUUUCCUAGUUGUAUUCUCUUGGGAUACAGACUUAUGUUUACAAUUAUAAUAAAUAUUGCUAUUUGUAGAAAAGAUAUAAUAGUAGAAUAUAAACUUGACCACAACUACUGUUUUUUGAAACUUAGGAUUCAUGGUUUAUAUGUAUCAAAGUGGAAUCUGAAUUACCUUCUAGAGAUAUAGUACUAGCUGACUUUGCAUCGUUUGGUGUUUCUUGGUAUAUGGGAAUACUGUAAUAUUGCUGUAAUCAGCUGAAAACUAGAGCAUAUAAAUCAUCUCAGUUCCAUGGACAGGAAGUUAACUGGAACCUAGGGUAAACUUGAGAAAGAAAAUAUUGUUCAAGCAGGUAUUUAAUUAAUGUUAAUUGUUAGAUCAUACUUUGUAGAAGUAGUCAUUCAGAUUCCAUCUGUGUAGAAAUAUCAAUCAGUGUGCAGAGUCUGAUUGUGAUGAACCACAGUCAGGGUGGUUUUGUUUGUUAAGCUCUAUCCAAGAAAAUACAGGAAAUUGGAUUUUAUGUUUUAAUAGUUGUUGCCAACUUUUUCAAUUAAUUUUUAUUAUUUUUGAGCCAAGUGGAAAUGUGUACCUUCUGUACCAUUUUUUUUUUCCUUGGAGAUAAUUACUUGGGAGAAGUUUGGAUUUCAGUAGUCAGUCACUGCCAUCUUGUUCUCCUCUCUUAUAGUCUUACCUUGAUUUGGCAAUCAUUGUAAUUCUGAGAUUAUUAAAUGCAAUAGAGAAUAUAACGUCUUUUUUAGGAAUAGAGAAUAGUAUUUUGUCUUACAUUUCUACACAUAUUUUUAAAGUUGCUGCCAUUUGUCUCUGCCCGCAUUGUAUGAGGAGUAGCAGGAGAAACUUUACUGACGUGCUAUUUUACUAGAUACUACUCUGGCAGAACUGAGUGGGCUAUUUCUUUUGUUUUUUUAAUGUGUUUGGACCAUUUUGCUAGCUAUAAAAUAACUAACAUAAUUCUGUGCAAGAACAGUGUUGACACAGUAGUAGUAUAUGUCAGCAUAAAAAAUAUAUUAUUUAAAACUGUGAAAGUAACACAAAAGGGAAAAAAUAUAAGAAAGGGAUAAAAGUGAUAGAGCCCCUCUGCCCUUUACCCAAAUUUAACCAAAAGUAUGUUCUGUUCUGAAAAGUCCUUAUAGCCUUUUACAUCACUAAUAAGAAAGAUGUAGGCAUCUGAUUUUGACACACAUUGAACUAUACGACUGAUGCUCAGUCAUGAAAAAAUACACAUACCACCUCAUUAUACCCUGUACUCAGUGUUUAUUACAUGACAGGUUAUUUAAGUGCUGACUGAUUUUCUUUUUU